UGGCAUGGAGGAGGAGAGCACUUGAUCAUUGUGAUGGUGGCAGCAGCUGUAAGAAACCAGCAGCUCGGCGUUUGUAGGACUUCGUUCACUCACUCGGCAAAGGGCAGGAUUUUUACAAAUCGCGUUAUACCUGAGGAUUUUACAGAGCAGCUAAUGAAAUGCAAGUUCGCAAAACUACUCCGGAGUUUGUGCGGUGUAAACAGCAAAACUUUUUCUUAAAGGAAAACACAAUAAAGCUUCGGGCUCGCAACAUUGGUUGUUGUGUGUGAUGAUCGCUCGUAACAUCCGGAUCGUCUAUGGAGUUCAAGUAACAACAGUGUACGGGAUUUGCGCAUGGGACUGACUGCUAAACGCGGUUAAACAGUCGCUGUUGUUAUUUGGUCUGUCUGCAGUUCGGGUACAGAAUUAUGGUUUUAGUGGCAUUGCAUGAUUGAGUUACAGAUUUUCCCGAAUGUAAGAAGCAGUACCGCUUCUUCUUGUGUUUUGAUUCCCCCUUUCUUAUAUCCCCCCCACCCCACUCCCCUACCCCUUGGAAACAUUUCGAACACGAGAAGCAAAAGAAAGUUAUUUCAAAACAGUGUGCACAGACUGUAGAAUGGGGGAUUUUGCAGCCCCCACUGCUGCAAAUGGCAGUAGCAUUUGCAUUAACAACAAUACUAUAAACAGCGGCAUCAACACUAAUAACAACAGUAACAAUGUGAGCAUUCCUAAGCACAGCACAGUGGUGGAGAGGCUGAGACAGCGGAUCGAAGGCUGCAGAAGACAUCAUGUAAACUGCGAAAACAGGUACCAGCAAGCGCAGGUGGAACAGCUGGAGAUAGAACGCAGGGAGACGGUCAGCCUUUACCAGAGAAGCUUGGAACAGAGAGCCAAAAAAUCUGCAAAUAAUAAACAACAAAACAAACAACAAGACCCAGAGUCCGCCGCGACAGCAGAACAGAGAAACAACACAUUGAUAGCGCUACAAGAAACUGUGAAAAGAAAACUGGAUAGUGCACGGUCACCUCUGAACGGAGAGCAGAACGGCAUUUGCGAUGGGAAUUUUUCACCAAAUACCAAGAGGCUACGGAAGGAAGGGCCUGGCAGUGGGAUGGACUCGUUGGCUGGUUUACCUAACAGCUUGCCACCAGUGCCCUCUGUCUCGCCUCUCCAUCAAAUGGAUAUCAAACCCACGCUGCCCAUACAGAACAGUGGCGGCGGCAAUAACCACGUUCCCGGCCGGCCGGAUGACCUGGGCAAAAACGGUGGGUUGACGGACAUAAAGCUGCAGGUCAAUGGCACCUUGGACUUGGAUGAUGGCUUCAAUCUCCUGCAGAGCAAGGACAUGAAGCAGGAGCCCCUGGAUGAUACGACAGGGAUCGAGUCUUCAGAUACUUCGCUCUCAAACCACAACAAGCUCUUCUCGGACAUCAAUCUCAAUGACCAGGAGUGGCAGGAGCUCAUUGAUGAGCUGGCCAACACAGUGCCGGAGGAUGACAUGCAUGACUUGUUCAACGAGGACUUUGAGGAGAAGAAGGAGGCAGAGUUUACCAGGCCGGCCGCCCAAACCCCUCUCCCCCAGGAACCUCCUCCUCCUAUCCCUCCCCCACCUCCCCAGAACAUUAAGAAUGACCCCGCUCGCUCACCCUUCAGCAUGCCUAUUGGUUCCCCACAGGUGAGGCCUUCCUCUUCAGGUCCCCAGUUCACCACGGCUUCCAACAGUACCCCCCCACAUCAGCAGCCCCCCCCUGCAUCGAUGGCAGUAGGUUCACCAGCCAACUGUGUGGCCCGGUCUCCACAGACUCCCAACCAAGCAACCAGGCCUGGAAAUGGCUUUCUGAUGAACCAAGGGCCUGGUGUGGUGACGGGUCCUAGUUCCAGUGCGGUGGCGGCAGCAGCAUCUGGCCAGGGGGGUGGUCCAGUUCCAUCCACUCCAGACUUGUCUCCCGCUGAACAGUUGAAACAAAUGGCGGCCCAGCAGCAGCAAAGGGCGAAACUAAUCCAGCAGAAACAACACCAACAGCAGCAGCAGCAGCAGCAGCAGACUCCAGCACCUAACUGGUCGCCCGUCGGCCCUCCAACCAGUCCGUACGGGGGGGCGUUCAACCCUGACAAACCAAAUAGCCCAAUGAUGUACCCGCAAGCCUUUAACAACCAAAACCCUAUGGUGCCUCCCAUGGUGAGCAACCCUCAGAAGGCCACUAUGAAUAACUACCUCCCUCAGAGCCACAUGAACAUGAUCAACCAGCAGCCAAACAGCAUGGGCCAAAACACUAUGAGCAAACAGCAAGCCGCCAUGCUGUCAUACAGCAACACUAAACCCCUAACCCAUUUCAGUGCUGUGGACCACAUGGGCCAAAGGAUGACGCCUCCCAUGGCCAACCCUAAUAAAAAUCCCAUGAUGCCAUACAUGCAGCAGCAACAGGCAGUCCAGCAGCAGCAGCAGCAGCAGCAGCAACAGGUCCCCCCUCAAGCCCAAAUACAAAUGUCAACUCCAGCUUCCCACUUGAGCGAAGAGCAGAAGCGCAUCCUUCUCUUGAAACAUAAAGGACUACUGAAUCAGAGCAUGUCUUACAGUGCAAUGCAGCCUCACAAUCAGGAACAGAAUGUAGUUGGCAUCUCGCGGCAGGCUGGUUGCGUGCAGCCUAGUCUACCAGGCCCUGGGAGUGUGGCCCCAGUGCCGAGUACCAACCCUGGGGCACCUGGUUACCUAGGCAACCAGCAGCAGGCAGCCAUGAUGAAGCAGAUGAUAAUGGAGCAGGAGAAGCAGAGAGUCCAGUUACACUUGAUGGAACAGCAAAAGCAGCAGCAGCAGCAGCAGCUUCUUAGGGAACAAAGGCAACAGCAGCAACAUCAGAUGCUAGCGGAACAGCAGUUACAACAGCAACAUUUACCAAGACAGCUUCCCCAGCAGCAGAGAAACCCCUAUCCCGUCCAGCAGGUUAAUCAGUUCCAAGGCACACCACAGGAAAUUGCAAGGAACCAGGUUCUGCAGAAUAUUCGGACCGCCCGGAUGCUUCAGCAGCAGCAGCAGCAGCAGCAGCAGAGCCAGGGCAUGCUCCAGAUGGCCUCAGUCCACAACUCUGGAACGAUGUCGACUGUCGCUGGACAGGCAGAGAUGAGCAUGGCAUACAGCAACGCACCGAGUGGACAACAGGGCAUGUACGGCAUCAACCCUGCAAUGAACCAAAUGUUGCAGCACCCAAACCAAAGCAGCAUGAACAUGGCCCACAACCCUUCCCAGGGCCAGAGACAACCCAGUGCAGGACAAGGGGUUGGGAUGGUUGGGGGAUACGGGCAAGGCAUGUUGAUAAACUCUGCCAUGUCCCAACAACAGCAGCAGCAGCAGCAGCAGCAAAUGAAGGGACCACCGGUCGGCCAAGCCAUCCCAAAGGUCCAAGCUCAAAGACUUCAAAUGAUGGGAGGUGCUGUCCAGGGGGCACAGGGCUGGCAGCAGCAGGGUAUGCCAGGGCGGACUAGUGGGGAAAUGGUGACCUUCAACAACAGCUCAGCGUAUGCCAUGCAGUCUAGCCAGCCCCGCGUGACCAAGCAACACUUUCCUCAAGGAAUGAGCCAGUCUGUUGUGGACCCUACGGGAAACAUUAGAACCAUGAACCCUGCUAUGGGGGGGCAGAUGAUGCCGCACAUGUCUGGACAACCAAGGACCAACCAGCCAAGGCCAAUGGUCAUGGCUGGAAUGAGCCAGGGGGUUCCGAACAUGAAUGUUUUCAGUCAAGGCCCCGGCCAGCAAAUGGGUGGCGGUUCUUACUUACAAAGCGGUCAGCCUCAAGGCUACCAGCGGACAGUGAGUCAGGACUUGUCUUUCAGUUACGGGCAGUCAGCAGGCGGGGGUUCGUUCUCCAGCUUAGCAGAUGGGGCAGACCUGGUGGACUCGUUAAUGAAAGGAGGCUCGACGGACGAGUGGAUAGAUGAAAUUUUGGGAAACCAAUAGUGAAAGGAGAGAAUUAGAAGUUUACAUGGACUAUAAGUGAACAUAAACUGUACAAAAAAGGAUACAUUUUUUGAGAACAUUGAUGAGCUGAAAAAAAAAAAAAACCCCACACACAGACACCUGUGUGUGCUGUCCAGAAAAUGUCACCUCUGUGCAAGUUGGUUCAGAGAUGUAGUAAAGCUGAAACUGUGCAGUUCUGUAGGAGUGCGUGAUUUCAUUUAAUUUUUUUUAGCAACCCAUAGCUCAGAGUAGUACUGAAAGAAGUAGAAAGAUUAUUUUAUUUUCUCUCCCCCAACUGUGAUUUUUCUCAAUGUUCAAUUGGGAUUGGCGGGAAUUCCAUUUUAGGGCCGAGUUCCAAGGUAAAAGGGGGGAUGGGGGGAUUGGCAAGCAAUAGGCCAGAAAACUGAGAACAUGAAAAGUGUUUUAACUUUGUUUUUAAAGUUUAUGCAGUCUGUUUCUUUGCAUUGUAUAUGCUGUUUUAGACAUUUCAUCCAGUGUUUUUUGGGGUAGUACCAAAAUGUUACAAAUAUCCAUUAUUUAAUGAGCUGAUUUGACUCCUUUUAUUUCUGUUUUGUUUUUGUUUUUCUGAAGUGAAAAGUUUGGUUUGAAUGGCUUGCAUUUCUCUGCAGUUUCUGAAAGUUGAAAACUUCUGCACUGUGAAAAAAAAAGAGAAACAAUCGUAUCUCUUUGUGUAACAACUAGGCCGAUGCAGUAGGCGUGGCUUGUUGCAAGGGAAACAUUGAGCGAGGAAACUACUGGGUCAAGUCGCUGCUUUAUACUGUGAGCAAACUGGCAGCUUCCCACAGAUCUGAAUGGCUGUUUGGGCAUUAUCCCAUUCUAACAGUAUUGUAAGUUGUAUGCCAUAAUGUUGUAUGACUUCAGCAAAUACGUUCAAUUAUAUUUCUAUUACAAUUUACACAAAAUAUUUGACAAUAGAAAUAUUGAUGUACAUUUCCAUAAAGCUUCCGGUGUUCAAUGUACCAGAAAGCAAUUCUUCUCAACUCUAUUGGAUUUCAUUUUUUUUUUUUUGUAGCAGUAGCGCAUUUUUUUGUAUGGGGAGUUGGGUGAAGUGAGUCAAGAGUUGAGAAGCAGUCCUUGGUGCCUGUGUUACAACAGUGUGAUCAUUAUAGCGAGAGUCCACUGCAACAGUCUUGUACCAAAUGAAAGCAUCUGAUGUCCACCCACAUUCAGUGAAAGUAAAAUAUAUUGUAUAGGAUCAUUGCUGUGCAAUAUUAAUUAAAAAGUCAUGUGUAAUUAUUGUGAAAGAGCGCGGCUGUGAUUAAUUUUAAAAACCGCACAUGGUAUACAUUUGUGUCUUCAGAUAUAUAUGUGAAACAAUAAGGUAGCAAAAAACAACUACCAAAUAUAUAUAAACCUACAAUUAUAGUCUCUCAGUUGUCAGGCUUGACACAUUACUGACACUUAUAAGAUUAUGGACAAGUGUCAAACCGGUCCGAAUUUAAUUUAAGGAAAGUAGGGUUUCUUCUGAAGUCAUGAAUUUAACAAGGUUUUGGUUUCAUGAACACUAUCAUGACUGUUUUUUAAAUAUAUCAGGUUUUUUUUAAAUAGCGAACUUUCUUUUAAAAUAGAGAUAUUCGUGAGAUAUUUAAAGACUUGGGAGAUAUUUAAAGAUUUAGUUUGUCUAUGUGGAUGGAUUAAAUACAGAUUGAUACAGACUGUGCAGUAGUCUUAACCAGUUUUGUGAGUAUUUUAUCUGUCAAAAUAAACUUUUUGUUCUUGUCAGGUAUUUACUGGUAAAAAAAAAAAAGUUUAAUCUCAAGUGACUUUCCGAUAAAAUAAAGGUAAAAUAAUAAAGAAAUAACUUGGGAAAAGGCCCCAACACUACUUCCACAUUUGGCUUUUUUUUUUUUCUUUUUUAUGUAAAGGGAGCCUAGGGGGUAAAUUAGGCAUCACAACUCGCUUACAGUAGUACCUUGGUUUUACAUCUCAUCCAAAGGAAGCAUGUAUCCCUGUAACUACAGAAAUAUCAGAAAUCUGAUUUGAUGUUUUUUUUUUUUUUUUUGGCGUGCUCUUGUUUUAUAAAAGGGUAAUAUCUACACCCGGUCUGCUUCCAGUGUGGAUGGCAGCCAGCCAGCCAGUUCCAGUUGUCAGACGAUGCUUAUUUAUUACUUGUCUGGGGAGGCUUCUGUUCCGUUCCUGUGUUGUUUGGGUGGGUGGAGGCAGGAUCUGUGCGUUUUUAAAACUGCAGACAAAAUGCAAGCCUGUCAAGAAUGAGGAGAUCUGAUGGUGUGGCAGGCAAUUCAGCUCAGCCUAAUGUAAAGUUGUGUUGUCCUUCAAAGCUUCCUCCAAAUACAGUGUGUUCGGGACCAAGUAAUGUAGAACUUCUUUGUUUUUUCCCACAUAGGGUUAUUUUAUCCAAAAAAAAGGUUUUCUUUUGUACUUUUUGGUGCUGAAAUACAUGUUCUGUUUAAAAAAAAUAAUAAAUAAAAAAUAAAAAAAAAAAAAAAAAAAAAUCAUAAAAAAAAUUCUAAUGGUUAUUUGUAAAUCUGUUUUUACAGGUUGAAAUACAUCAUAUAAUACUGGCUCUACUAUGUGUAAAGAAAUUGCUGUUUAAAAUAGAGAAGUGUUUUUAUUUCAUUUUCCACUUUUAAACUCAUCAGAGCAAUACCAUUGCACUUCAGACUACUAAUUUGUACUGUAACCCUAUUUUUAUUUUGGAGUUGUUUUUUCUAGUUUGAGAUUUUACUCUGUACCUUAAGCAGCUGCUUAUUUCUUUUUAUCUUGUACAGAAUUCUGAAAUGUUAAUGCAGGGGGAUUACAUCAAACACAUUUUUUUCAAAAAAUAAACGAGAGAAUGUUCUCGAUCAUAAGAUUAAAAGAACUCGAACUCAGA